CUGCUGCUGUUAGAUUUAGCGACGUAUAUAGACGCACUAAUUGUCGCUAUAUGUAAACACGCACUGCCACCACCAAAGAAAAAAAACCAACGGGCUCCGGUGGAACAUACUGCUCUGCGUGUUCGCAGACCAGCUACCGGCGUCCGCCGAGUGGCCGGCUGGCGUCCCAGCUGCGCGCGCUGAACGCGGCCGACGUGCAGCUGUACGAGCACUUCGCGCAGCGCUUCGAGCAGCGCGUGCGCCACUUCGGCCUGGGACGCAUGGCCCGCGAGCUGCGGCUGCUCGAGGAACGCACCCGGCUCUGGUACGGCCGCUGCGUGCGGGACACCAGGCCGCCCGACGACGACAAGCGCAGCUCCACUCGCCUCGGCAGGAAGUUCUGGGUCAGCACCAAGGUGCUGAUGUUCCGCCCCAAGAACGACAGCUCGGAGGAGUGCGUGCGCAUGGUGCUGCCCGAGCUGGUGUUCACCGAGCGACUCCGGAGGAAGCAGUCGGGAAACGCCACGGGGCGCCACUGAGGCCAUGCUGUCACGUCCAACACGCGUCAUCGGUACACAAUCGGUGCACGUGCAAUACUUGAUAUAUACAAAGGACGCGGAAGAUGCUCUUAGUACAAGGACUUUCUGGAGCAGCGGCCUCAACGUGAACUAUGCGAAUUCCUUCGGACUGUGCGUGACGAUGUCGUGAUGUGGUCACGCAAAGAAAGUGUUCUCGUCGGCGGCUGGCUAUAGGCGGCGACCCGGGUUGAGCCUGUGCACCGUGGAGGGCUGCUCUCACGGGCGCAGGCAUUGCAGGCCUCUGCUUUAUGACAUGAUUCUACCGAAAUUUCUACUGCCAAGCCCGGCGUGACGAAAUCGGUGACGUCAGGAUCACCGCAGCUUCUUCGGGAGCAGGCGGGCAAGGUAGCCUGACGCCAUGGAUCGAAGUGCGCAGGCCUUGUGCUAUCCAGGAGGCACAGGGCGGACAACAGCAGGACACAGUGCGUGUAACCGUCAACUCGCUUACACUGCCAUUGGGAUUUUCGAGUACCCGCCGGUUGUUGGAAGGUUUGACCGACCAACAGAUCUCGCCAACGCUUGUCGCGAGAGCGGAUGAAUGAAUGAAAAAAUUAAGCAAGUGAAGGCGAUAUCCUGCCAGCUGGGGAAGAAGAUGACGAACGCGCGAGCAGUGACACGAGCGCGUCUCUGUGACGUGUGCAAUCAAGGCCGAGGAGCAGUCCGGGAAGCGUGUUCGUCUCGCACCGCGGAGUCCCGGGUCCGAUUCCCACCUAGACCGAAAUGUACCACAUUUUAUUAUUGCGAUAGCAAUUAUAUGGACACUUCAACCGAAUUUCUGCCGUCGGCGUCGCCGUCGUCGUCGCCGUGAGGUUCCCUAUAGAUAAAAUCUUCGCUGCGCGCCGUAUGCCCGAGCGGAAGCGUGCGGCGACGCGCGCUAUCACGGAGAGCGAACGCACUCAAUCUCCCACGCGCAAGCAAGGAAGCAGGA